CAUGGUGAGAGCCGCACUAUGAUGCUGCGCGAUAUCAACUCUAUUGAUGAACUGGGAUCAAGCAAUUCACACACAGCCUUGCACUUCGAGGAGGAGCCCAGGUCGCAAGCCAGGCAGCCAAGCUCCAGUCCCAACAGCGCUGCAUAUAAUCGAAGUAAAAGCGGGCCAAGUAAAGGGGGUACACAUAGCAUCAGCGAUAGCAGUGAUGAAGACGACGAGGGUCAUUCAGAUGGAGAUAGCGAUGGGCGUGGUCAUGGACAUGCGCGUAACACUGCUAACAGCGACAGCGGCAGCACAAGUCACCACAGACACUCGCCCGACUGUGAUGCAGACGAGCACGGGCAUGCACACAACAGCCACGACCACGCACAUACAUCAGACACUCACGCGCAUGCACACACCGAACGCCACAACCACAGCCAUGCAGAUAGCAGCCACGACCACAGCCACGUCAAUGCAGGGGAUAUGCAUGGCCACACCCACGGGGAAGACGCACACGGGCACAUUCAUGACGACGGAGACGCGCAUGGACACAGCCACGGCGAGCAUGACGAUAACAUGUAUGCCGUAUAUAUUCAUGUGGUAGGCGAUGUGGUGGGGUCGCUGGGGGUGAUCUCGAGUGGGCUGCUCAAUCAUUACAUGAGGACGCCGCACAACUACCUGAUCGAUCCGAUGAUUACCUGCCUUGUGGCAACUAUCCUUAUGAUGGCAUCUUUCCCGGUCGUUAAGCGCACUAGUCGGGUUCUGAUGCAGGCCACCCCAAAGACCAUUGACAUGGAGGGUAUCAAAGGACGACUCUUGGACAUCGCUGGAUUGGAGUCAAUCCAGACUUUCAAUAUAUGGUUAUUGUGUAUACAUCAGGUUGUGGAAUAUUGCAACGCACUUGAAUACGGAAGACUGUGCACUACUCUUGAUUGUCAAUGA